AUGCACCACUCCUUUAUCCAAACGGGCGAAUACUUGUCGCCAUGCAAAUGCCUUGCACCAGUCUCACCACCUCCAUCGCCAUGGCAGCCCGCCCAACUCUGCCCCCUGACCAACUCGCGCUUCUCCCACUGCCACUCGGCCUCCACUUCCUCCACCUUCCCCUCCUGCGGCCUCCCCCAGACACCCACCGCUAAAUGCUCCCUGCCCAGACGCCCCCAUCUCCAGACCCGCGAGUGCCUCACCUUCUACAACCCCGCCCCCGCCGGCCCGCUCAACUGCUCAAAGUCAAUGGCAGGAUGUCGGCCAGCGACACCCUCUUGCAGCUCCAGGCCGACCUGCCAGGGCUCACUCUCUGGCUUCUCCCCAGGACGACCGCCUUGGGCGCCGGCCUCCUCGCGGGGCACACCAUCAGCCUCUUUGGCUGACCUGGCGCGGCCCAAGACGCUCUUUGCGACCCAUUCGGCGGGCAAGAGGGUGUUCAAGCCGGUGGCGUGCAGCAAGGGCUGGCUGGAGGACGGCGAGCCGGGGUCGUGCGACGAUAGCUUCCUCGACUGCGUCGAGAUUGUCGACCAUGGCCAGCAGCUACUUGCCCACUCCCUCAACAAUGCCUUCCCCGGCGAGCAGGGCCAGCCCGUCUUCCAGCGCGACGCCAACAAGCCUAUCGUCCUCAACCCCCUUGCCAACACAAUCAAAGCCAAACAGACUCUCCAUUUGCUCCUCCGGAUUAAUUGUUCUGGCUGA